AGAAAUUAAGAGUCUCAACGUCUAAUUUCAAACCAACUCACUGGCUAUGACGCGCCAGAGGUCGCUGCAGGCGCCCAGAUGUUGAUGAUGCGUUGACAAGACCGUCAUUGUGCAAGGUCGAAUUGUUGUCAGUGAACAGCGAGUUCCCGAAAAUCUCUUAUCAGUUUCACUAAUUUGCACGACCCGGGCGCACGGCUUCCAGAAGAGGUCACGCAGAAUUUUCACAAAACACCACUUACAAGCGUAAAGUCUCAACAUGACUACUUACUUCAACUACCCAUCCCAGGAGGUUCAGGAUGAGCUCAGGAGGAUCGCCCAGGCCAUUGUAGCACCCGGCAAGGGAAUCCUGGCUGCUGAUGAGUCCGUUGGCACCAUGGGAAAGCGCUUGGCUGACAUCGGCCAGGAGAACUCGGACGAUGCUCGUCGCCAGUAUCGCCAGCUGCUCUUCACGGCCGACGACAAGGUGUCUGAGAACAUCUCCGGAGUGAUUCUCUUCCACGAGACGCUGUACCAGAAGGCGGACGACGGAACAUCGUUCGUGGAUCUGCUGAAGAAGAAGAACAUCAUUCCCGGCAUCAAAGUGGACAAGGGUGUCGUUGACUUGUACGGCUCGGAAGGCGAAUGCACAACUCAAGGUUUGGAUGACUUGGGCGCGCGUUGCGCGCAGUACAAGAAGGACGGCUGCGACUUUGCCAAGUGGCGCUGCGUGCUGAAGAUCGGCAAGAACACGCCGAGCUACCAGGCCAUUCUGGAGAAUGCCAACGUGCUGGCGCGCUACGCCUCCAUCUGCCAGUCGCAGCGCAUUGUCCCGAUUGUGGAGCCGGAAAUUCUGCCCGAUGGCGACCAUGAUCUGGACAGGUGCCAGAAAGUGACCGAGACCGUGCUGGCGGCCGUGUACAAGGCCCUCAACGACCACCACGUGUACCUCGAGGGGACGCUGCUGAAGCCCAACAUGGUCACGGCCGGCCAGAGCUGCCCGCGCAAGUAUACACCCCAGGAAGUUGCCCUGGCCACCGUCACGGCGCUGCGGCGCACCGUGCCGGCCGCCGUGCCCGGCGUCACCUUCCUGUCCGGUGGACAGUCGGAGGAGGAGGCCUCUGUGCACCUAAGCGCCAUCAAUCAAGUGGCUCUGCUGCGGCCGUGGGCGCUUACAUUCUCCUACGGACGCGCUCUGCAGGCGUCCGUGCUGCGCGCCUGGGGAGGCAAGAAGGAGAACGUCGCCGCUGGACAGGCCGAGCUCAUCAAGCGCGCCAAGGCAAAUGGAUUGGCUUGUCAGGGAAAAUACGAAGCCGGUUCAAUUCCCUCUUUUGCGGCUACAACUAGUCUGUUCGCCAACGGUGACGCAUCGCUGGGCAAGUACGUCGCGGGCAGCGUCGCUGGCGCAGUUGGAGAUGCCACGCUCUUCGUGGCCAAUCACGCCUACUAGAGAGAUGCCAAAUCUUCCACCGCGACGCCAAUCGGCGGAGUUUAAUGACCCCAUCGAGAAAUCCAGCGGAUUCGUAGGCAGUUUAUCAUGUUGGCGAGUAGAUAUCUUUGGCAGAAAUUUGUCGCCCGCUGAGGUGGAGAGACAAGUGUCGUAUAAUUAUUUUUAAAAUGUGGAAUAAUAUUGUUUAAUAAAUUAUUUAAUCAAAAGGACAAAUAAUAUAUCAUAUGGAAUUA